AUGUCUUCUCACUUAGUAGAACAGCUGCCGCCCCUGCACAAGAAUAAUAACUGUGAGGAAGGUGAACAGUCUUUGCCACUGCCUGCUGGCCUCAACAGUUUCUGGGUGGAGCUGCCCAUGAACAGCAGCAAUGGCAAUGAGAAUAGGGGGAUGGAGCUUGUACCCUCCUCGUCCUCCAUCCACAAUGGGGACAUGGAGAAGAUUCUUUUGGAUGCACAGAAUGAAUCCAGAAAGAGCAGUUCAAGGCGCAGUUCUCACUGCAACAGCCCUUCCUCACAAGAAGAUGGGCAGAUCAUGCUUGAUGUGGAAAUGCGCACCAGCAAGGUCCAUAGCUCUCAGUCAGAAGAAGCUGCAGAAGGAGAGAAAGAGGUGGAUGUUCUGAAGAAAAGAAUAGAUUGGGUGUCCGAUUGGUCCAAUAGACCUGAAAAUAUUUCACCCAAGGAGUUCUACUUCAGGCACCCUAAAUGUUCUGUUUCCUUAAGCAUGAGGAAAAGUGAAGUCAGGAAGAAAGGGGGGAUCUUCUCCACAGAGUUUCUUAAGGUGUUCAUUCCCUCUCUCUUCCUCUCCCAUGUUUUGGCUUUGGGGGUAAGUAUCUACAUUGCAAAAUGA